CAACCCAUUAAAGCAUCAACAAAGGUCUCAUUGGUGGCCGGGAGUGUCUGUCACCAAACAGCCAUGAGAGGGGUGCACAUGAACUGGGCUGAACAGCGAUAUUCCAUGGAUUAAGCUCCGAUAUUCCGAACCGUGUUAUCUGAGGAAAUAUAGGAUUACAUUAUAACACCAGGCGACUGCGUUUUAAUGUGAAGCGGCGUAUUCUGUAGCUGCUCGCGGAAGCUGUUUCGAGACCGUGGUCGCGCCGGGAGGAGAUGUUGUUUUCUCUUAUUCAGACGCGACUAAAACGGCUCGAGCGAUUCUAAACGCGUCGCUAGACCGCCGUCCAAGUCGGGGGUUAAUUAUCAUCGGAUCCCCGAACCUGUCUUACUCUGUCCAUAUCACCCAACAGCAGAUAGCUACGUCUUAUAAGCGUAUAGCUUAUUCAUGAAAACCGAGCAUGUCAGGUAAACACUACAAGGCGCACGAAGUCAGUUGCUGCAUCAAAUAUUUUAUAUUCGGGUUCAAUAUAAUAUUUUGGCUGCUGGGAGUGGCCUUCCUUGGGAUUGGACUUUGGGCAUGGAGCGAGAAGGGGGUGCUGUCCAACAUCUCCUCGAUCACGGACCUGGGGGGCUUCGACCCGGUCUGGCUGUUCCUGGUGGUGGGCGGAGUCAUGUUCAUCCUGGGCUUCGCCGGCUGCAUCGGAGCCUUGAGAGAGAACACCUUCCUGCUUAAAUUUUUCUCCGUGUUCCUGGGGAUAAUCUUCUUCCUGGAGCUGACGGCCGGCGUCCUGGCCUUCGUCUUCAAGGACUGGAUCAAAGACCAGCUGAACUUCUUCAUCAACAACAACAUCCGGGCGUACCGCGACGACAUCGACCUGCAGAACCUCAUCGACUUCACCCAGGAAUCGUGUGUGUGUGUGUCUGUAUUUAUAAUGUGUGUGUGUGUGCACUUGCAGUGGGAGUGCUGUGGAGCUUUUGGUGCUGAUGACUGGAACCUGAACAUCUACUUUAACUGCACUGAUACCAACCCCAGCCGAGAGAAGUGUGGAGUCCCCUUCUCCUGCUGCACAAAGGACCCUGCGGAGGAUGUCAUCAACACCCAGUGUGGCUACGACGUUCGAGCUAAAGAGGACGCGGAGCAGAAGAUGUUCAUCUACAUCAAAGGCUGCGUGCCGCAGUUUGAGAAGUGGCUGCAGGAGAACCUGACCGUGGUGGCGGGAAUCUUCAUCGGCAUCGCGCUCCUGCAGAUUUUUGGCAUAUGUUUGGCGCAGAAUCUGGUGAGCGAUAUCGAAGCAGUGAGAGCGAGCUGUCUGUUCACCUGAGACCACGGCUCCCUCUCUCUCCUUACCCCUGACCUGACAGCGCAGGUCAUCGGGACGCUCACCUGGAGCUCGUCAAUCGGGAUGGGAGGGGCGGAAAUCUGACGUGUACAGAGAAGACACGCCCCAUUCACCUUUUAUUACCUGUAAAUAUGAACACUUUUGUAGCUGGUACACAAGUUUUUAAGAAGAUAUUCAGCGGUGUCAAACACGGCUUGUAAGAUAAGUAAAAAAAAAAAAACGAAAACAAACAUAAAAUCUAAAAAUCGUGGGUGGGGUGUGGGUUUUUGUCUAAAUACACUGCAUGCCUACUGAAAAGGCAUUUGCUCUCCUCUCUCUGCACUACUCAGUGUAAAAAGGAUGUUUUGUGUGUUUGUACAUACUGAAGAGGGGUGGUGUAUACAAUAGGUCGUCGUAUUUGUACCACUUUAACACACGCCGAGGCUAGAAUGUUAGCGAUAAAAGAAACCGUACUGUACGUUAAAAUAACACACUCGUGACACUGGGGUCCACAGGGUCAUCGUCCGAUGGCUAAUGUCCAUUACAGGAGUCUGCAUAAGUACUUUAAUUAACUGGGAUCGUCACCCUCAUGAAAUGACGUUGCAUCUUAUUGAUUUUUGUGUUUUUCUAAGUCUAAUCUCACCUGCUCUGUUCUGCAUGUGAAACACGCCUCUGGUUCAGCUAAAAUGCAUCACUUGGUGCAAAUGUACCCAGGACGGAAGGCAGAUCAUUUAACUGUAUCUGCAGGGGUUUUUUUUAACCACAUUAUCAAUGGAAAGCUCAAUUUAACAUCAAAAUGAGAUUUUAGGGUGAAGUUCCCAAGCAAAGGGUAUUUCAGUUUAUGAGCUUUGUCGUGUUUCCCAGAUGACAUCAUUUAAUUAACUUAAUUUUAUUGUAUUUAAUAAGGAUAUCUUAUUAGUCUUAUUAGCAACAUGGUGCGGGGGCGGGGGUUCUGCCUCCAGUAGGCCCCUCGGGCUUCUUUCUUUGCCUCCGUCGGGACUUUGCUGUAGAGCAGUGGCUGCCAAACUGUGGGCCGGACGGGCACACGACCAAACGCCUCAGUGCUGCACGUCCCGUCCUGGGCCUCUGCGCCGUUCCAGUGUGUGGAUGAACUCCACGGCCCAGAAUCCCCCAGAAUCCCUCAGAAUACACGGCCCAGAAUCCCCCAGAAUCCCCAGAAUCCCUCAGAAUCCACGGCCCAGAAUCCCCCAGAAUCCCCUAGAAUCCCUCAGAAUACACGGCCCAGAAUCCCCCAGAAUACAUGGCCCAAAAUCCCCCAGAAUCCCACAGAAUACACGUCCCAGAAUCCCUCAGAAUACACGGCCCAGAAUCCCUCAGAAUACACGUCCCAGAAUCCCACAGAAUCCAUGGCCCAGAAUCCCUCAGAAUACACAUCCCAGAAUCCCACAGAAUACACGGCCCAGAAUCCCCAGAAUCUUACAGGGCGACACGCAGUUGGUUGUAACAUCGCCCCCCGGGGGUUGGGGGUGGGAUUACAGGGGCUCCCCGCUCACCAGCAGCCCUCGCUGGUCGAUCUGGCGCACGCAAGAAGCGGCUGGGGGGUUCUGGGGGGGUUCUGGGGGGGUCCGGAGGGGACCACAUGCCCGCCUCUGCUCCCCUGCACCGCUAGCGAAGGUCCCAGCCGCGGGCGCUGAAGGGCACGAGCGCUCCACACGGGCGGGAAAAGCAUAAAGCGAAACUUCCUGUGCGGGUGAACCCUUUCCUUUGACGUUCCUGUUCAGAUUGAGUCUGUUGUGUGCCCCGCACUAGCUGGAGGGCACACGCAUGCAGUCGCGUCAACGUGGAUCCACUUUUGAGCGCACGCCAGGCUACAGUUUGGCCAGCGGUGAGGGGCAGAAUGCGGGUCAUUAAGAGGCCUGUGGACUCGCAGAACACUUUUCAGAUCCAUCGCUCUACAGCAAACAGCAGCGCCACAGCAGAACGUUUACCGCCAGGGUCAGACAUGUCAGUACGCACAACUUCAAUAUCAGCAUUACGAUUUCAGACUGUGCCAAAACAUACCGCGUAGCAAAACCCGUCGUUUCCUCCGUACGGUUAAAGACCAAGACUUCGCAAACCUGUGUGAAUACUGCUUCACAUCCAGCGGCAUCCUGGCAACUUCUAACGGACACUAUAUUUUGCGUAACUUCGGGCUGUGUGUGAGAUUUUUUAACACCUUCACAAGUGUGUUAUUACAAGUUUAUAAAGGUAGUUAUACGCAGAUAAUUUGCUUCAUAAUAGCAGGACAGGGAUUGAAUGUUUUUUUCAUGGGGUUUAAAUUUAUUAUUGCUGUAAAUCAGUGUUUUUUUAAGCUCUACAUGCACGCUGUCAUUAAGAUGUGGAAGUCCUUAUGAAAUUAUGCACUGUAAAGUGUUAGCAAAUGAAAAGUUUUGAAAAGUUGAUCGGAAUGGCCUUGUUCUGUCAUACGAUUCCAAACAUUUGCAUCUUUAAAUGCUCUGUCAGCUAAUUAUGUAAAUGAUCUCUCCUCGAGUGCCAUACAUAAGUAAUCAAGACUUUAAACUUUCUGUUGGUUGUGUAUGCAGAUUUGAAACUAGGAGGGUUGUAAAUAUGUUAAAAUUUGAUGUGUGUGGAAGCAGGCCUCAGUCCUAUCAGAAAAGAGUGAGGUGUUUGUUUUUUAUACCGUUCACCAACAACAGACCUUCCUCUGAUUGGCCCUUUUGCUGAGAACCUUGAAGCUCAUUGGCUGUCAGAGGCAUGUGGUGAGUGGCUGGCAAAUCAAACGACCUCUCAGCUGGUGGGGAGGGUCUCUCCAUGGUUACACCCUUGCACUUUCAGCUAAGUGAGAGAUGCAUAUGUUUGUGAUUUUUGUUUUAAACAGUGGCUUUAAACAUUCUGUUCAACAGUAAUUAAACCUACGCUCUUUAUUAUUCCCCCGAUGUCGUCUAUUUAGUGCCUAGAUGGACAAUAUUUUGGACGUCGAUAUGGGUCUUUGCCAUUUUAGACCAAUACACUGUCCAUCCGUUAAAUGCACCGCACUGGGGGCAGAAACUGCAGCGGGUUUUCUGAUCGUUGUCGGCUGUUUCAUCAGCCUGCAGCCGCACUGUUCCAGUGUGCGCCCCCCUGACUGCACUUUGUGCUGAUAAUUUUUCCUCAGCAUAAAGGCGUAUACUUUUAUUUAAAAAAAAGGAAGAUUGCAAAAAUCCUUUCCUUUCGAUGUUAAGUGAUGUUCUGAACAGGAGCUCUGAUGCGGUGUGUCUGCUCUCUGUGCUCCUUCAGUUCUGCAUGGAACCAGUUGGACCAGCACGCUGCUGGCUGGCUCAAAUUCUAAUUGCCAUGGUACUUAUGCAAUAAACAUGGUCACCAGCAGAGGGCAGUGGAACUACUUCAGUAAAACAGGCCUACUAACGCGAUAGCAUUUGCUUUUGUAUUCUUUGUGGAUAGCAGGUAUGAUGAAAAUGAUUUGGAUUGCACAGGGUCUUUAAAAUUCAGGUUUACUUGCCGAGUACAUCUGCAGCUCCCCCUGUCAUCUGCCCCCCCC